GAUGUCCCGCUCCUUUCGCACCCGCAAAUGGAUAUGUUUCUUGUAGAAGUUCUUCUUACGAGUUUGACAACGAAUGUUAUAAUUCAUGCAAUAAAGGCUACCGACUGGAGAGCUCAUCCGUCAUAAUCUGUCAAUCGGACGAAAAAUGGUCAAACACGACGAAAGCUGCUAGAUGCUUAGACGAAGAACCGCCGGUUAUCACGUGCACACAUCACGUGGUUUACGCUGUUAGAGGCACAUCAUAGGCGUCAUUGGAUUGGACGGACCCUUUAGUUACUGACAACGUUGAUCACAACCUGAAAGCUGUAAAGCUUUCGGACAUUAAUAAAGGAGAUGUGGUUAAGGAGGGAAUUUACAUCAUCCAAUCAUCCAAUAUCGUGUGACCGACACCGCUGGAAAUUACCAUCCGCUAUUGUCAGAAUGCCGCGUAACCGUUGAAGUAAAACUCGUAAAAUGCGCUUCCGGCCCGACGGAUAGUUUAAGCGAUGCCCGUUUCAUUAGAUACAAUUGUUCCGAUUCCAUCUAGACCAAUGGUGUGGAAUGUGAAUUGUCUUGCGAACUUAACCUUGAACUGAACGGGACAAAUACAAUGUCUUGUGAACGUAAUGGAACCUCUAGAGUUGGAGUUUGGAAAUGGAAUGGACCUGCGGAACCGCGAUGCAAUGUUGUGAGUUGUCCGCCCUUGUUACCUCCUGCUAACGGCGCCAUGACCUACGACAGCAUCGAUUCCAUACCACUUUAUGUUAUGCUGUGUCAGUCUGGGUUUGACAUUCCGGUCGUUGGUCUUUCCUUCACUGGUAGACUAAGCUGCCAGGACAGUGGAAAAUGGUAUCCGUUGGAUAAGUUCCCAGACUGCAUACGUCCGAUGUGGGGCGAUAUGGUUCUUCUGACAGAGCUUAUCUAUCAAGGAAACUGUGCAGAUGAAAAAACCAAAAACGCCAUCAAGGAAGCCGUCUUAAAAUACCUCAGCAGAAUUAAAGAUGAUAUAGACAGAUCAAUAUGCCCUGGUCGUAAUUGUAGAGUAGACAACAUCAAUGUCGUCUGUGGAUCUAAUCAGAAACGGCGCUCUACAGUUUAUAUACAAAGACUAGCUAAGAGACAAACUACCUACGCUCGAGUGACUUUUGACAUCGCGACACUAUUUGAUUUAUCAAAAACCUCGAGUCAGGAAGCAUUCAACAUUUCGUUACCACUGUUAACUGCAAUAAGUGACAGAUUAGCUAAAGAUGUAGAAAACGGCAGCCUCGAUAUAAAUGGUUUCACGUUAGAACGGGGUGCAUACCAAACAAGUAACAAUACACAUUUGAAAUGUCCGCUACACUAUAAGAGAGAUGGAUAUAAAUGCAGUGAUUGA